AUCAACAACUUGCUCUGCACAGCAGACAUGGGACGGCCAGGCUCCCAAAAGUUCAACGCCACUGAAAGAGUCCUACAGCGCCUGCUCAGCCCCUUGCUUGAAAACAGUAGCCUUGGCUCUGACUAUUCUGGAUGCAGGCUGACCAUGCUGAGGCCCAUACAGAAUGGGACAGCAACCGAAUUCCUAUGUGGCCACUGGAAAACUCCCACCACCCCUAGCCUGGACAGGAAGAAGAUUUACUGGGAGCUGAGCAAUCAGACCCAAGGUAUCACCAGGCUGGGUGCCUAUACCCUGGACAAUAAGAGCCUCUAUCUCGAUGGAUACAGCUAUCAGAUGAAUCUUUCCUCCUCCACAAGUGCUGGAGGUCCCAACUUUGAGCCUUUCACACUGAAGUUCACCAUCACCAACAUGAGGUACACAGCAGACAUGGGGGAAAGGGGCUCCAGCAUAUUCAUCUCCACUGAGAGAGUGCUGCAGCGCCUGCUCAGUUCCUUGUUUGAAAAGAGCAGCCUUGGCUCUCAGGAUUUUGCAAGCAAAUUGACCUUACUGAGGCCUAUGAAGGAGGGAAGAGCAACCCUAGUUCAUUUCACUUGCAUCCAUCGGAGAGAUCCUUCCAGCCCUGUCCUAGAUAGAGAAAAAAUUUACUGCGAGUUGAGCUAUCUGACCUGGAGCAUCACCAGGCUGGGCCCCUACACAUUAGAGAAGGAUAGCCUCUACCUCUAUGGUAAGUAUCCCCAUUCAGGAUAUGCUCCUUGAGACAUCUCCUUCAUUUUCAGGAAAUAGCCAUCCUGCCCAAAAUUUUCUCUGUCUCUUCCUCUCCCCACUAUAAUAUAAACCCACUACAGAAGCAGGGUACCUAAUGAAAUAAGAGGAACAACCCUGACUCAGCAAGUGUAUUCUCUCCCUCCCCCUCCCUCCCUCCCUCCC